AUGCGCGACAUUCAGGAGCUAGUGGAGCAGGAGCUCGAGGAGAGGGACGAGGAGGACCUUCUGGAUUUCAUCUCUGAAGGUGAUGGAGAGGACAUCGACACCCUCGAAGAGCCUCUGCGGCUGGACGAGAGCUUUCCCAGCACGCUGAUCGUCUCCGGCAUCCCGCAAGUGCCAAAGGAGAAGUACGACAAACUUCUAGGUGUGAUCUCAAAGCUGUUCAACAAGUACGGCGACAAUGAAAAAGAGAUGCCCUUCAACGAAGCAGGCACUAUGACAGAGGGCUGCGUCCUCAUCACGUAUGAGGCGGCCGAUGCAGCCACCCAGGCGCAGCAGGCCCUGGAUGGCAUGAGCUUAGACAAGAAGCACACCUUCAAGGUCGUGAAGUUGGACCAGUUCAACGAGAUCACGAACCGAGAUGAGGACUUCAGGCCGAGGCGUACUCUCGCCAGCUACUCUCGGAACGACUUCCGAACGUGGCUUACGGACACCAAGUGCCGUGAGCAGUUCCUCCUGCGAUACCAGACAGAAACAGAGAUCUACUGGCACGACACGACCAUAGGCGAGCCGACUCUCAGCUAUGGUGGUGAGCGAGAAAAGCGUACAGGAAAGAUUUGGUGCGACUGGCAGGUGCAGUGGUCCCCGCUGGGCCACUUCCUGACGACCUUUCACAAGCAGGGUGUAGCCCUUUGGGGCGGCCCGGAGUUUACAAAGAAGAUCCGCUUCGCCCACGACGGCGUGAAGUACUUGGAGUUCUCGCCGACAGAGGAGUACGCCCUCACGUGGAACGGCACGUCGGCGCUGGAGAACGACACGCAGGCGGUGCGCAUCCAUCGAGUCCUGACCGGUGAGAGCGUCUUCAAUUGCCGCACGCCAGCGGUCGCCCCCUUGGGCGGAGACUUCCCUCACUUCCUUUGGAGCCAUGACGGCAAGUACUUCGCCGAGUGCAAUGAGGCAUCGAUCUCCGUUCGCGAGACCGACACCUUCCAGCUCAUCAAGGAUGAGGACGGGAAGAAGCGAACGCUGAAGUUCCCGGAACUUAGCACCUUCCAGUGGUCCCCGAAGGACAACCUGCUUAGCGUAUGGUGCCUGGAGAAGGAGAACAAUCCUGCCAGAUUGGUCCUCGUUGAGAUCCCCUCGCGUCGCGAGCUGGCGUCACGGUCCCGAACGCAGGUGGAGGCCUCAAUGCACUGGCAGUCAGAGGGCGACUACCUCUGCCUCAUCAACACCAAGCUUAGCAAGACAAAGAAGAAGGGCGCGACGAACCUCGAGAUUUUCCGCAUCCGGGAGAAGAACAUCCCUGUGGACAUCGUCGAGGUCAAGGACUCCGUCCGAGGUUUCCACUGGGAGACGAAGGGCCACCGCUUCUCCCUGCUCACCAGUGAUGAGUCUGGGCACCAUCCGAAGAUGUUCAUCUACGGUCUCAGCAAGGAGAAGUGCGAAGUGCUGAGCUUCUUUGACUUGCCAUCCAACAGCUACAACAACUUCUUCUGGGCACCGGAGGGGCAGUAUUUUGUCUGUGCCGCAGUGGGCCACGGCGACCUUCUGUUCGGAGGGAUGACCAGCGACAACAAGCUCGAGAUCCUGCACAAGGAUGAGCACUUCAUGCUCACGGAUGUGCAGUGGGAUCCGUCAUCCAGGUACGUCAUUACGGCGGUGACGCAGCCAAUGCAGAACGAAAUCGGCGGCUUCAAGUACAGCAUGGAAGCCGGCUUUGCGAUCUGGACCUUCCAGGGCCGAGUUCUGCAUCGGCAGCAGAAGGAGAAGCUGUGGCAAAUCUCGUGGCGGCCACACCCGCCAAGCCUCCUCUCCAGCUCCAAGCAGGCAAACGUCCGAAAGAAUGUCAAGCAGUUCUCCAAAAAGUACGACCAGCUGGACGACCAGGCGAAGGAGGCCGCGCGAAACGCCUACCGAAACGAGCGGGAGGGCAAGAUGAAUGCAUUCAAAGAAAUCCUCGCGCGCCUGGACGACAUCCGGUACGACAAGUACGAGGAGACCGGCUGGGGCGAUGCCUUCGAUGAAUUCACAGCGAGCAAGGGAUGGUCUCCGCUGCAGGAAGUGUCGCAGGAUGUCAUCGAGGUGGUGGAAGAGAAGAUCUGA